CGAGGAUACGCGGCGGAAGUUAUUUAUCCAUUACCGUCAUAGGCCUGAAGGCCUCGAGGCGGGCAUUGUUUCUUUGCACGCGGUGCGUAUCACGGACGCGUGCUGCUCGCAUGACACACCUGCGGUCGUACUUGACCUCCGACGGCCGACAAUGGAUAAGGAUCGUAAAUUGGCAGAGAAAUAAGAGCGGGCCAGACGUUGGGCAGCGACCGAUGUGGAUGGAUGCGUGGGUGCGGGAAGCGCGGCCAGUCAUUGAACUAGAAGGCGGCGGGGCGUGGCGGGGGCACGCCCCAACGCAUGAUCAUUCAUGGCAGGCAGUGGCAUUGCUCCGUGACUGAUGCUGGAACCGGACGGAAAGAGGCACUGCUGCCGUAGAUCUGUCUGGAUCCCUUGCACGCUAGCGUUGAUGGGAAAGAGCGAGAGAAAAGGCAAUACACAAGCCCCAGGGCGCUUUCUCGAACUGUAUGUGUACUGCUGUAGUUGGAGUUGGCGGAAACUUGCUGCUCCGCCCACAGGUUGCGUGUGAUGGCAGCGGGCAUGGGUUGGGUGACGUCGGCGGCGUGCUGGGUUGCGUUGAAGGGCGAUGUAUGCGCGCAGGGUAGGCAUGUGUGAUGCGCGUGGGCAUACGUUACGUUCGUUGUACGUGCGUUUGCAUGCGUGCGUGGUGCGGCUACUGCCGCAAGCCCUACUUAUGACAACACAUAGCUCCAUGACUCCGGGCUCAGGCCUGAUGCAGCUUGGAUACUGAGCUAGUGAGAGAAUCCGUGAGGAACGGGCAGGGGAUGACGCUGAGUUUAGUUGAUUGCGUGCUGCCCUUGGCAAAGCCGCAGCAGCAGGACAAGCGACGCAAUAUAGUGCGGGAUUGGAGGUUCUUCGCGUUCACGCAAGUCUUGAAGGUAUAUCAUAUUGGCUGCUGUCGGGCGUGCUGUCGCCGAGGCUGUCUAUUGCCACAGCCUUUUUGCAUACAGGUUAUCUGCAUAUGUGCGUUUGCCGCGUGUACUCCUUCCUAUCCUUAUGUUUGGCAAACGAAUGUUGCGCAUGUCUUUCAGCAUAUCUUACAGCAUAUCGUAGCACCCACUUACAGUGCCCUCCACGGGUGCGACAUGGCUCCAUGGUGUAUUAGGGCCAUCCGUGGCUGUCGCCAACGCGGCGUCCCCACACGCCGAAGCAAUGAGUUGAGCUUGCGCCCUGUUCUUACAUAUCCUUAUAUUCUUUGGCCGUCAGCACCCGCGUAUUGAGUGCUGCUGUGGCGACUUUGAGCGCAUCAUCUUGCCUGGGCCUCGCAGCUGUUGCAUGCCAACGCCACGGGUUUUACUAAGUCCUGCAUUCCUCAAAAUGAAUGUGAAUUAAUUUGUACAUCUGUGGUUACUUGCGUGUAUGUGUGUCGUGUGACGGAUGGCCAAUGGCCACAUGCACAAGGGGUAGGAUUGGCGGACUGAUUGCCCGCCUUGAUAGUGCAUGAAUGCGCGGGUUAGUUGCAGUUAAGGGGGUGGGGUGGAGAUGAUGGUUUGUUUCUUACACAGUGGGUAGUGCUGCGAGAGCGGGCUGUGAUUGGCUGUCACGUGCUGUGUUGUGUUCACAGAGAGGGCGCACUACUGGACCGGCUGCUGCAUGAGGAGGUGGGAGAGAAUAAUUACACUUGGUAGUGGCGAAGCCACUGAUGACUAGGGCUGACAAGCCCUAGUGUUGGGUGAGCGCGAGGUGGGGGCGAUAUAGCGUUUUCGCGCACCCACGCCCUGCCUUCCACGUCGCAGGUUGAUGGUCGGUUUCCAGUAGUGAGUGCAGAUGAGUGAGGGCGUCAGUGGCAGCGACGCUGCUGCUCCACCGGCGCGCGUGUGCACACGUCGCGUACCAGAAAUGAAGGUGGCAUUUGUGAGUUGCGGCUGGAGCAGGCGUUCAUUACCAAGCAGAAAUAAACAUCGUGACAUGACGGGACCCGGCUGUAUCCUGCAUUAAAAGCAGAUUGCGAAUUGCUAAGUGUGCGAAUGGGGUGAUCAUCAGUCUGCUGGCAUCCUGACUGGCAUCCGUAGACUUCAGGUGCCUCCAGCGAGGCAUUUGAGGGAGAGGCGGGAGGAAGCGGCUCCGAUGUGGGAAGGCUGCGUAGCAAAUGGCUUACAGAUCUGCUGUUGGCCCAAGCAUACACAGAGGGAGGUGAGAUACUUGUUCAACUGAACUAAUUGUGCACGUAUGGCUCCUAUUCAAGGGCCUGCUGUUACUUCGUGUUAAGAUCCAGGCAUCAUUCUGCAGCCCACGUUUACUUACUAAGAUGACAUGGCUCGACAGCAUCACUUGAGUACGGUACAAGACAAAAGCCAUAUGUUUGCUUGUUUGCAUGCUAGCUUGUGAUGUGGGGUAGCGCAGGCCGCAUCCAACAUUGCGCGGUGGUUUGAGCAGGAGUGUGGCCCUAGUGGAUGUGUGUGGAGAUGAUCUUACGGUCUGUGGGUGGAGGCCCCAUGAUGUUGUGGUUGCGUGGGUUGGAGAUGGCGCCUAGCUAGCAAAAGAUAACAUGCGUGUGCUCGGCCCUGCCUUGCAGUAUUGGUUGGGUUCGGACAUCGCCGAGCCUAGCACGGACACAAGCUAGGUGUGCAGGGUACGUGGAGAGCUAGCACGCAGGGCAAGAGUCAGGACGUGUGUACGACUUCAGGUAUCGCGUGCAAGGUUUGGCUGGGGGGCGCACCAGCCCUGUGCCGGCAGUGUUGUGCUAUACAUUCUUCGUCCGUCAUGACGGGCUUUGGGCCGUGUAGGAGGAAGGGAAACUAGGUUGAACAUUCAGGGACAAAAUAAAUUUGGAAACAGCGCCACACGCGGGUGGAGGAGCUAGCAGUACAGGGCAGGCAGGAAGCCAUUCUUGCAUGCUGUUCGGUGGUGCAGCAGUGGUGCGGCAGUUGAUGGUGCUGGUGCCGGUUUGUUGCUGGCAUCUGCAGGCGCAAGUACGGCUCCGGCUGGACGUGCUCUGUCUAUAAGCCACAUGUUGCUGUUCGUCUUUGGAGUGGUUGUUAUUGUAAUCCUGCCUGGUG